UGAUAUCAGUGUGAAGAAAAAAUUUUUAGUUCAUUUGAAUUCAAUACCGGUACAUAAACUUACAGUGCCAGGUGUUUGACUGACCGCUGCUGAAAUACUAAUAAUGCACAGUGGCGGCGCGAAUAUGGAAUUAGACAUUCCUUUGAAUUGGUCUCUCCUAUAGAAAAUUUUUAUCGUCUAUUUUGCAAUGGUGUGGCAUAAUUUAAAUUACUGUAACAUUGAAGUGCAUCUGCCUUCUUUAUCCGCUUUUAUCCGAUGUGUUAAAUGCGACAAAACAAGUUCUAACUCAUCAUUUUUCUUUGAGUCGACAGAGUGCCUUAUUUGCUAGCAAAAAAUUACUAAAAUCACUAUUAUGACAGCAAGUGCACGGACACAAUUAUCCCGGAGAGUGCGUCUCUCAGGGGCACAGAAAGAGUAAUGGCCUCCAAAAAAUGGAGAAGAAACGCGGCUUGGACUACACGGACUUCGCGUACCGUGAAGCAGUGUCACGUUUGCGCUACCUUAUGGCCGAAUCUUACCAUUCGCCCUACAGGCAUUAUACAGCGGUUUAUGGCGAAGAUCGAGACCCAGACGCGAUGCUGGAGCGCACCAGGUAUCUGCUCAGCCCUCACAGACGGCCACCUAUGUACUCGUCAAUGCGGAGGGGUUUGUCAUUCAGAUCACCUCCUAGGGUCAAGAUGGACUCGGCGGCGGAGGACAACAAUACCACCGCCCCGAAUACUCCACGCACAAUUCCGCAAAUGGAGCAACAACAGCAACACCAUGUGCUGCCCCCGAAUGUUAGUUCAAUGCCACCAGAAAUGGUAAACUACAUGGAGAAGCAAGAGGAGUAUAUCGACCAGCUAGAAAAGGAGUCACAAUACUGCAGGGAAGAGAUGGCGAAUCUGAUGGGGAAAAUGAAAGAGGUCAUGUGUGAAAAUGACAACUUGUAUGACAAGCAGAAAUCGGGGAUCAUCAAAUCACUCUUUGAUUGCAUUCAAUCAGACCGGGAAGAGGACGACGAUGAUGAAGGGGAUACUGAAGCAUCUGAUGUGACUCCAAGAAGAAAAAAGGUUGAAAAGAGGUCCAGGAUGGAAGGACCAAAUAUUGUAUUUGAAUCACGCAUCAGUGAACUGGAAGCUCAACUGACUCAGCUGAAAAUUGAACUCAAAAAGUCCCAGGAAGAAGCAUCAAUUUACAAAGCGCGCUUGGCAAAUGAUGAUUUCUCUGAAAGGUCCAACAUAGAGCUAGAGCAGCACCAACGACAAAUUGAGAAUUUGCGCCGAGAAAAGGAAUCGCUUUCAGAGACAGUAAAAAAGCUGCAAAACACGCUGUCGGAUCUCAAAGAUCGCGAAUCUGAUGCUAGUCACAAGCUGAAGCGUAGUAAAGAAGCUGCGGAGCAGGCUCAAUUUGACAAAUCCCAGGUACAAUCAGAUCCUGUUUGUGAUAUGAGCGAAAUGGAGGUUCGACGUUUGAAAGAUGAGCUGGACCGCUUGCAUCAGAAAUUGAGAGAAGCAAUCGCUGAGCAGGGCCGAAGAGCUUCAGAAGAGCGAAGUGCAGUGGAGAGGAGGUACCAAUCGCAGGUUGAGCAGCUCCAAGCAGAGCUCACCUCUCAGUGGGACACCACGAGCAGGUUGCAGCUUGAAGUGGAAAAGCUUAGGAGAACUGACGCUGAACUUCGUAGAGAUUUAGCCAAUAAAAACGCGACAUUAGAUGACCUGGCCAAGGAAACUCAGUCCAAAAUUGAUGUGUUGCAGGGAGAAUUGAGCUCGGCCCUUGUCCAGCACACAAGUCUAAGUCAAGAGCUCGCUUCAGCUCAGUUGGCAGCUGAGAAAGCUGAAAGGGAAGGGAGGCAGGAGAGCAAGAGAUUAGGAGCUGAGAUUUUGGCUCUCAGGGAAAGGCUCGAGAGGGCGGACGCAGAAACGCUCAGGGCGCGGCAAGAGGCUCUGAGACUCUCAGAGCAACUUGCCGCUCUCGACCGAGAGAUUGGCAUCAAAAUGUCUCUUUUCCGACUUAACAAAUCGCGGGUGGGGUUUCAGAUGACCCUUAACAAGACCAAAGACAUAAUCGCAGCCACUCCUAACCCCAGAGACCAAGAAUUCACAAACAUGCUCUCUAACAUGGAAUCAAAACAUGUUGAAACCGUGUCAGAACUAGAAGGCAUGAUUCAGUCACAAAACCAAGUGAUGGCCAAACUGAAAGAUGAGUGCCACAAUCUCACACAAAGAUUGGAAGAAUCCUCCUCUCGACACAAGCAGGAAAUGGCUGGGCUACAAAGUAAUGUAAAUUACCUCACAGAGAAGCUAGAAUCCUCCUUAGUGGCAAAAAAAGAUUUUGAGGUCCCCUCCUACGUCUCCCGGCCCAGCACUGACGUUCUCGCGGCUCCAGCCUCCCCCAGCGCGCGAUCCAGCUACGAUGAGUCCCCUGGACCCAUUUCUCAGCAGCUCCGCGAGGAGUACGAGCCCUCUCGGGUCCUCAGCGGAAGCGUCGGUGGUGACGGCUAUUCGUACCAAUCGCCUGUCGCCGGAGGAGGCGGUGCUGCUGAGGCUGUGUCAGGACGACUGGAGGAUCAGCUCGCUGAGCCCAACCCCGGAAUGUACGAGCAGCAGCAGUAUGAUGAGCCGCCUCGGCGCACCAGCUACGAGCCCCAGCAGUACGAACCCCCUGCUCCUGAGCCUGAGCAGCUCCCCAUACAGCAGGAGUCCCCUGAACGACCCCCCAACAAAACUCUGAGCCGCGGCCCAAGCUACGAAACUGUCCACGAAGCGCCGCGAGUGAGCAGCAGGCCACCUUCAGGUGGAUCCACCAGGACCCCCCCUUCGCCUUCAGGGAGGGGUAGGGGGGUCAAACAACCAUGACCCGGGGUGGGCACUGCAAGGACUCGGCAGGGUAUUCGAUAGCACCCCUCAGUCUUUGUGGGCUUGAAAUGAUCAGCUGCUUGGUGCUGGGGUACAUGUGUACCGAUAUUUUGUCAUUGGCAGUGCAAGCAAAUACCUUCAAAUUUGAUUAGAUAUAUUUGUUGACAUAUGUUGCAUGUAUUUGUAUUGUGCCGCUUGUUAAAUGACUUAGGAAUGGUUUUCAUAGCUCCCUGUCGUAUCAGCACUUCCUGAAUGCAUUUAAAAUAAUUUGCAAGAUGCGUUUAAGGAAAGUUUUUGAAUGUGGAUGCUAUCUUUUUAAGAGUAAUAUCUUUAGAUCUAAAUUAAGAUAAAAAAGAUAAGUUAAAUUCAUUGUCUAUUCUGCUUAUCUAAAUUUUUGGUAUUGAUGCCUUGUAUUCAAAAUUUCUAUCUCUUAAAAGUUCAUCUGUGUAGACACACAUCGCGCUAUUCAAUCGCACAAGAGCAAAGUUAGAACAAUUUGUUUCAUCAGUUAUAUAUAUUGUUACACAUGUAUGAAAGCGGUACUGCGUACGUUAUUCAGUGUCUGGGCUGGUAAUUUGAGUCGAGUUGGACGUAAUGAAUAAAUUAUAAAUUUGUAAU